AUGUCUGGUACCGACUACCUCAACCCACCGGUCUCGUCCUACGUGUCGCCACUGGCCGGCUACGAGGGCCUUCCACCGCUGAGCGAGGAGCGCGCUGAGGAUGGCAAAAGCUUCAAAAACGCACCAGCCGAGCGGCGCAGCCCGGCCUACGACGCCUUUGUCGACCCGCUCGACAAAGGCAAACGGGGUGGCUUCGACGUCCACAUUUACUACUACCAGAACAAUGAGGCCCACAAGGCCUAUGCCCAUGCUCUCUGGGAGCGGAUCCGGCGAGAGUUCCCCGAACUGCGUAUCUACCAGCUCUGGGACCGUCCUCUCGGUCCCCACCCGGUAGCCAUGUUCGAGGUUAACCUCUUCACGCCGGCCCAGUUCGGCGCGUUCAUCCCCUGGCUGGCCAUCUGGCGAGGCCCCCUGUCAGCGCUUGUGCACCCCAACACCACCGAGGGCACCGAGGGUGAUGAAGUGGGUGAGAGCCGUGGUCGCUCGGUCACUGAGGUUGCCAUCGAACGUCGCAACCAUACCCAGCGUGCCAUCUGGAUGGGCGAGCGCGUGCCGCUGGAUCUUUCGACAUUCGACACGAUGACUGCGCGGGUGGAGCAGAGCUAA